UCUCCCAUCUGUUUUUUGCAUUGUCUCUAUUCUCGUUACAUCUAAAUCUACACAUACAGUCCUAGACUAGCACUUCUCAAUAUGCUGUCUUCGACAUUUCUAAUAUCUGCUUUUGUUUCCUCUGCCCUUGCUAUUUGGCCUCAACCCGCUUCCUACACGAAUGGUACCGGUGUUUUGUGGUUGGAUCAGAAUGUUAAGGUGACUUAUGAUGGCGGCCUUGUACGAUUAUUCCCCCCAAAUUUUUAUAUUGAUAUGAAUGCUGAGAAAGUGUUGGCUGUACAGUCUACGGGAUAUUCUGGUGAUGGGACUGGGAAUGUUACAAAUAGCAAAACUAUUGUUUCCAGUGCUGUAACUCGGGCCAUGACCAAGAUCUUCAAUCAGGGUUUGACACCAUGGAAAUUCUAUGCACGAAAUACCUUGCCCCAAGUUGAGCCCUCGGCCACUUCAAACAAGACCUACAUUACCGAACUCUACAUCACCCAGACCGGACACGAUAAUUCCUCCACCUUUAAACCUACGGAUGGUCAAGUAGACGAAUCUUAUAACCUCACCAUCACUACUGACGGGAAGGCCACCAUCAGCGCCCCUUCAUCUAUCGGCAUCCUUCAUGCACUGACAACAUUCACACAACUUUUCUAUACACAUUCCGUUGCCAAGGCUGGCGUCUACACGAAAUUGGCUCCCGUGAUAAUUUAUGAUGCACCAAAGUUUGCACAUCGUGGGAUGAACAUGGAUAUAUCUAGAAAUUGGUAUCCUGUUGAAGAUAUUAAGAGAACGAUGUUGGCCUUGCAUUACAACAAAUGCAAUGUUAUUCAUCUUCACAUCACUGACGCUCAGUCAUGGCCUUUGGAUAUUCCAGCACUUCCUGAAUUGUCCAAGUUAGGUGCUUACCAAACCGGAUUGUCAUAUACCCCCCAAGACCUAAAGGAGAUCCAAGAAUAUGGAACUAAUCUUGGUCUCGAGGUCAUUUUAGAAAUUGACAUGCCUGGUCAUACAAGCUCCAUUGGAUAUUCUCAUCCUGAGCUCUUGGCCGCCUUUAACGCCGAACCCUGGGAUACCUACUGUGCUGAACCUCCUUGUGGAUCAUUGAGACUGAAUGACUCUGCUGUACCAGCAUUCCUAGAGACAUUGAUGAAUGACCUUCUUCCCCGAGUCUCCCCAUAUUCAUCAUACUUUCACACUGGUGGAGAUGAAGUCAAUGUUAAUGCGUAUUUGCUGGAUCCUACGGUCCAAUCAAAUGACACUGAGGUUCUUCGACCAUUAAUCCAGGCAUUCGUGGACAGAAACCACAAACAAGUCAGAGCUGCUGGACUUACACCAAUGGUCUGGGAAGAAAUGCUCACAACAUGGAACCUCACCUUGGGACCAGAUGUUCUCAUUCAAUCAUGGCUCAGUGAUGCCUCAGUUGCUCAGAUCGUCGGUGCUGGACAUAAAGCUAUUGCUGGCAACUAUAACUUUUGGGUAUGUACAAUUCUGAAACAUCUUCAGCUCACUUGCUAACAAAGUCAGUAUCUCGAUUGCGGCAAAGGGCAAUGGCUCAACUUCCAACCAGGAGCAUCCUCCCAAGCUUACUUCCCCUACCUCGAUUACUGCUCUCCUACCAAGAAUUGGCGUCUAGUCUACUCUUACGAUCCUCUCGCUGGAGUCCCUGAAAACUCAACUCACUUGGUUGUUGGCGGAGAAUUCCACAUCUGGUCCGAGCAAACCGACGCCAUCAACAUUGACGAUAUGGUAUGGCCACGGGGAGCUGCGGCAGCGGAAGUCUUGUGGUCGGGAGCCAAGGAUCCAGUAACUGGACAGAAUAGAAGUCAAAUCGACGCGGGCAGCAGAUUGCCAGAAUUCAAUGAGCACUUGAGAACCAUGGGAAUCCGAUCGGGACCUGUACAAAUGAUUUUCUGCACGCAAUUGGACUCAGCCGAGUGUUCAUUGUAAUUGGAUAUGGGCAAGAUGGGAUGAUCGAUUUGAGGCUGUAGAGAUGGGCGAGGUAUUGUUGCAUUAGCAUGGAGUUAGGGCAUUGGACGUUAAUGUGUGCGUUGAUAUCUACUUGAAAUCUACUUUGUGGGAACAUAGAUAGAUUGUGAUAGAGGUCCCACAGGAAUGAUUCAUCGUUUUUUAUUGAAGAUUUUAUUAUGUGCAUGGAUUAGUGGGUGAAAGGUCGGAGCGAUAAUCAAUAGUAGAUAGAAGGUACCUUUACAAGUUGUACACCAGAACCAAGUUAAAAUCAAGAUCUCUAAGCGGAUGGGUAUACAGACUAGAUAGACUGUAGACAUUUCUCUACCCGUCAAAGGUUUCCGUGGACUUGGAUUAAGUUAUCUUAGAUACCUAGCGAAUGAAGGUCUAAGAAUGUAAAUAAGCUAU